AUGGAUCCAUCACUUCCUUCUUUAGCAACAGACACGCGUGAUAGGAUGGAUAACAUACCAGAGCACAUAGUAUGGGAGAUAUUGAGUAGGAUGAAGAAAACAAGCGACAGAAACGCUGUUUCUCUUGUUUGUAAACGGCUUUAUUACAUGGACAAUGCACAGAGGCAUUGCAUAAAGGUUGGGUGUGGAAUGGAUCCUGCAGAUGAAGCUUUGACCUGUCUAUGCGUAAGGUUUCAGAACUUGUCCAAAGUGGAGAUUACAUACUCUGGAUGGAUGUCCAAAUUGGGAAAACAAUUGGAUGACAAGGGCCUUCUCAUUCUUGCAAAUUACUGCCCUCUACUCACUGAUCUCUCCCUCAACUACUGCACAUUUAUCACUGAUGUUGGUCUCCGUUACUUGGCUUCUUCUUCCAAGCUCUCAUCUCUGAGGUUAAAUUUCACUCCAAGGAUCACCGGUUGUGGCAUUCUCUCUCUUGCUGUGGGUUGCAAGAACCUCUCCAGGCUUCACCUUAUCAGAUGCCUUAAUGUGAGCAGUGUGGAGUGGCUUGAAUACCUUGGCAAGCUUGGAACUCUGGAGGAUCUCUCCAUUAAGAAUUGCCGGUCCAUUGGUGAAGGGGACUUGAUUAAGCUUGGACUUGGUUGGCAGAAACUAAGAAGGUUGCAGUUUGAAGUGGAUGCUAAUUACCGAUACAUGAAGGUCUAUGAUCGGUUGUCUGUGGAUAGGUGGCAAAAGCAGCAUGUGCCUUGUGAGAAUAUGCUUGAACUUAGCCUGGUGAAUUGCAUCAUCAGUCCUGGGAGAGGGCUUGCUUGCGUGUUGAGGAAGUGCAAGAACUUGCAGAAAAUUCACCUAGACAUGUGUGUUGGGGUGAGGGACUUCGACAUUAUUUGUUUGUCCCAAAGAUCAAGUGACCUUCAAUCGGUUUCAUUUAGAGUUCCAUCGGAUUUUUCACUUCCCUCAUUGGUGAAUAAUCCAUUGAGAUUGACAGAUGAGAGUCUGAAAUCCUUGGCUCAAAACUGCUCCAAGCUUGAAUCAGUGAGGAUAUCUUUUUCUGAUGGGGAGUUCCCUUCAUCAUCCUCAUUCACGUUGAGUGGAAUACUUUGUUUGAUUCAAAAGUGCCCGGUUCGGCAGCUUGCCCUUGAUCAUGUUUAUUCCUUCAAUGAUGUUGCACUGGAAGCCCUUUGCGCAGCAGAAUAUCUUGAAACUCUUGAACUGGUAAGGUGCCAAGAGAUUAGUGAUGAAGGACUACAGCUUGUGAGCCAGUUUCCCAGAUUGUGUAUCCUGCGGUUAAGCAAGUGUUUGGGGAUCUCUGAUGAUGGAUUAAAGCCACUUGUUGGAUCAUUGAAGUUGGAUUUCUUGGCCAUCGAAGAUUGCCCUCAAAUUUCUGAAAGAGGUGUCCAAGGAGCUGCAAAGUCUGUGUCUUUCAGGCAAGACCUAUCAUGGAUGUACUGA